UGAGGAAUAAAAAGUAUAUCAUUCUACCCGUUACGUUUCUUUCAGCAAGAUUAAGCUAGUUUAUAUUAAUAUAUUGUAACCAACUCUACUGUCGAUUACCUAUCAAGGCAAUCACAAGAUAUUUAAGUGUUCCAAAGAGAGCUUUUACAUUCGGUGUGGAAGAUGUCUGCUCAGAAUAAUAUCGCCAUCUGUGAAUUGCACCCCAACAUCUCCCACCCGAGGGUAGUUGGUGUAGUCAUCGGCAAAACGGAUGUCCGGAGCUUCCCCGACAGAAAAAAUAUCGGCUUUGAUAGAUUCACCUUCAGUUUUACGGUGAAGGACUCCCCGGAUUACUUCAUCAACGUGUCGGCCUGGGGUAACGAUGGAUUCAUCAAUGUCCUCUCUGGCAGCUUUAACAUUGGAGAAUGUGUGGUUGUUGAAAAUCCUUUAGUGGCCAGCAAAGAUCCAGAGAAAGAUGAAAAAUAUUGCCCCACAACACCAAGCCUCUACAGGCUGCUGGUGUCAGAGGCCCACUCUCGGGUGCUGCUGUGUGCAGACAUGGACACAGCUGAUAGGCUCCUCCCUCUGCUCCACCUGCCUGUGAAGGACCCCAGAGACUUCUACUCCCUCGGGGACAUAGUGGCCAAUGGGCAGAGUCUGGAUGGCAGCGUCCUGAAUAUACUGGCUGCAGUGAGAUCGAUUGCAGAGCCGAAGCAGUUCACCACAUCAGACGGCCGUAGAGGCCAGAGGCUGGAGGUGAAGCUCUUUGAUGACUCCGUGACUUCCUUCUCCUUAGUCUGCUGGGACAGAGAGGCCAUUCAGCUCAUACAAACUCUGGUACCAAAGGAGACGGUUCUCUUCAUCGCAGAUGCCAAGAUUAGUUUUGACAGUUUCCGAAACUGUAUGGCGGCAACAGUUAACUCCAAAACUAUUGUUACUGUCAACCCUGACACCAAGGAAGCUGGCCUGCUGUUCAGCCGUGCCAAGGAGAUGUCUAGCUCAGGGCUGCUGGUGGACGACGACAGGCCAGACGACAUGCCCGUGGACUCCAUCACGGACGUGUACACGGUGAACCAUCUGAAGCUGAGGGCCCAGGAGAGCCCGGAGGUCUUCUUCGGCCUCACCUACAGCUUCAUCUCCAAGCUGGACUUGGACUCCUCCAUCUCCAGAGUCAUCAAAACCAAGUGCGCUAGGUGCAAGUACCAGGUGAACGAGGAGCUGCAGAGCUGCACCAACCCCUCGUGUCCGGGCAGGGACCAGCCCCUGUCCCUGACCACAGGGUUCGACCUGACGGUGGAUGUCACCGACCACACCGGCACCCUGCAGGCCUGCUCCCUAAGGAGCCCUGUGGCUGAGAAGACGCUGGGCUGCACUAUCGAGGAGUUCACAGGUCUCACUGAUGAACAGCGUACUGCGUUCAAAUGGAAGUUUCUUCUGGAGAGAUGCAAAAUACACAUGAAGGUUCUCCCGUCCACCAAGGUGAGGUCAGGUGUCAGAGGGAUGAUCCUUGCGUGCUCAUUGGCUGAUCCAGGGGAAGUGAAGCAGCAUAUGUCCGCCCUGCUGCAGUGAGCUCCAGUGUAAAGCAAGAGGAGCAGAGCAGGAAGUUCCUACAGCGCGGCUCUUUAACUGCUCUUUGAUAGGUUACAGCAAAGACGUAGUGUUAGAUUAUAUAUUUGACUAUGCUGAGAGGUUACUUUGUGUAUGUCUAGGUCUAUGUUUGGAAAAAUGUAUUUAUGAAAUUUAUGCAGGUGUUCACAUGUGUACU